GUUUGGGGCCGGGGCAGUUCUCCUGGGUUUGCUUUUCACAUUUAAACAAUUCAGUUUGUCAGCUAAAUGACCCUAAUGGCUUUUCUGUGCUAUAAACCUAGCUAAGUGUUCUGGAAAGGCAGAGCAGCUUAGCUCAGCAGCAAUGCCAGGCAAACGCACCUACCUGUUCUUUUCAGAACAUGCACGUGGAUCUCUGCAAAACCCCUACCUCAGGGUAUGCUUGUGGGGCUUGCCUUGCUACGUGUCCUCGUUUUCUGUUGUGGCCUACUUCACUGAGUUGUAGGGGAACUUGAUCUUCUGAGCAGGGUAGGCAGCAAACUGGGCAGAGGAUUGAUAGCCCUGAACCCUGGCUCUGCUAACAUUGGCAAGUUGCUUCAGCUGUUGUCUUUGCUUCAGAACCAGAUCAUGCUUUGGAAGAGGAAGGCUGGGGUUUUAUUAGUGAUGAGCUCCUCAGUGCUCACUUUGUCUAGACUUGUGACAAAGUCUAGCCUAUGUUCUUGUAACACCUGUAAUGUUCUUUCCUGGGCAGUAGCCUCGUGGGCAGGGUAGUGCUGUACUGCUCCCUUUGAAGAGGGUGAACUGAGGCCCGGAGGCAGUUAAUGCGAAGGAGUCUUUGUUAAAGAGUUUAAUGAAGGCUCCAGAGGCCUUAGCCAGUUCCCAAGCAUUCGCUUACCUUUUCCCUUCAUCCUGGGAAAGAGAAACUUUGACUUCCUGACCAUGUUUCUCUGCAGACUUUUUAAGUUACAAGAAGUCAGAGCAGACUGAUCACAGCCUCCUAGAAUGGCAGACCAGAAGCGCCUUGCCUACUCCAUCAUCCAGUUUUUACAUGACCAGCUACAGAAUGGGGGUCUUUCUCCAGAUGCUCAGGAGAGUUUGGAAGUGGCAAUCCAGUGCCUGGAGACAGCUUUUGGGGUCUCCAUGGAAGACCAAGAUCUAGCUGUGUCUCAGACUCUUCCUGAGAUAUUUGAAGCUGCUGCAGGAAAGGAGCCUGAACACAUCAGAGCAAAUUCGGAGCCUGUCACCCCCUCAGAAGAUGACAUAGCUGAAGCUGAAAGACUCAAGACUGAAGGAAAUGAACAAAUGAAGGCAGAAAACUUUGAAGCUGCUGUGUCUUUCUAUGGAAGAGCAAUUGAAUUAAAUCCAUCCAAUGCAGUGUAUUUUUGCAACAGAGCUGCUGCAUACAGUAAAUUAGGAAAUUACGCUGGGGCAGUCAGAGACUGUGAAAGAGCUAUAGGCAUUGAUCCAAACUACAGCAAAGCUUAUGGCAGAAUGGGCUUAGCCCUCUCCAGUUUAAAUAAACACACAGAAGCUGUUGUCUACUAUAAAAAAGCCCUGGAGCUGGAUCCAGACAAUGAAACCUACAAAUCAAACCUCAAAAUAGCUGAACAGAAAAUGAAAGAGACCCCUAGUCCAACCGGAGGUCCAGGAGGAUUUGAUUUAGCUGGUUUGCUGAACAACCCCGGCUUCAUGAGUAUGGCAUCUAACCUAAUGAACAAUCCACAAGUACAACAGCUCAUGUCUGGGAUGAUUUCUGGUGGCCAUAACCCCAUGGGAGCAGCAGGCACCAGCCCUUCCACAAAUGAUCUCGCCAGCCUCAUACAAGCGGGCCAGCAGUUUGCUCAGCAGAUGCAGCAGCAGAAUCCUGAGCUAAUAGAGCAGCUACGAAGUCAGAUUAGGAGUCGAACUCCAAGUGCCAGUAACGAAGAUCAGCAGGUUAUGAGAAGGGCUAUUUUGCGGAGGAAGGAGCUGGACGGAGAGCUGGCAGGGAAACCCUGGGAAAAGGCGAGCCUGGCUGUGCCCCUCUACCCCGAAGCCCUGCUCCUCUGCCCCCGCAGGGCGUCGCCGUGA